UGGACGUGUAAGGUUGUGUCGCGUGCGUUCUCCUUGGGCAGCGAAAUGCACCAAGUCGGGAUUUAUUCGUAAAAUAAUUUGUUUAAUUGUCAAAGUGACCUGUACGUAAUAAAGUGAGGUAUACCUGAAUAGAUUAACUCAAUCUGGGACGUGUAAAAGCUGUAACCUCGGAUCUUACUAGGAUUACUGACGAGGCGAUCCUGCCGUACAUACAGCCGAAUAUGUACGGCAUUUGCCAGAGCAAAUUUCGACCAAUUCUCACAUGAGCUGCUGACAACCUCACCUCCACAACCUUCGCACCUUCACUGGGAACUGCCGUGUAGUUCGUAGUGAUCAUGACCACAGCAGCGCGAUAUGAAACAUACGAUGCGUAUGGAGGUUUGAGUUCGCCGACUCACUCGCAUUUCAGAGAUUAUGGCACAACAAAUGCAGCAAAAGUCAAACGUUCUUGGGGCGAUUUGUUGAAGCUCGGAGGAAAGAACAAGAAAGAUGGAGGAGGCUCAGUGUCGCCUGCUUCAUCACAGUACCCUGCCUCUAGUGCUAUACUGCUGCAACAACAGCAGCAACUACAGCAACAACAACAACAGCUUCAACAACUCCAGCAACAACAGCAACAUUUACAGAAACUGCAACAGCACUACCAGCAGAUGCAACAAGUUAAUUUCGGUAGGGAUUACUAUAAUAAAUAUGGUCCGUCUGGCGUAUAUUCGCAGCCGGUUUUGACUCCUGCUAACGGAAAUAUAAACAGUGUUGCAAACGGAACAGUUUCGGCUAAACCAGAAGCACUCAACUCAAAUAAAGGCGACAACACCAUACGCUACACUGAUUGGUUUGGAUCAGUGGCAACCAGACGACCAAAUCUUAGACCUGGCAUCCCUUCAUUCACUCAACCAUCGCAGCUACUGCCACAAACGUACCUGCAUCCAGCACAAGAUGGAGGUCGACUGUCGUGGGACGUUCAACCUCAACAAUAUUUAAUUGCAGUUCCACCUGGAGUUUGCGUUUGUCCUACCACGGACACCGGGACUACGAGAGCCAAAAAGAAGAAGAAAUGCAAAACAUGCGGUCAGAAAACCAUCAACAUCAGACACACUUUGACGUCCCAUCCGUCGUACAGACCAGCUCUUUCCGCUGCGCUCCUGGCGGCGCCCUUGCAGCCUCAGCCACAGAGACCAGCGUCUCUCGUUUCCUCGACAGUGCCCAACAUGCCAGCCCGACCAGCUUCUUGGGGAGAUUGGGGACGAUCUCCUUACGCAGUUCCCACCAUCACUUCUCCUACUUCAGCCCCAUCUCCGCCUACCCUCAAUGCCCCGACAGUGCCUCCUUCUUUCCCACGUUCGUCAUCAUCAGACGACGAGUCAUCUCCUCCCACCCCCGAAACCAUCAGGAGUGCGCGUAGUAGUGACAGCACCGUAACGCUGACGCGGGAGCUUCCUGAUUAUCUUACUCCCAGAAAUCAAAAUGAUGCAGUCAAGGUCGUCACAAACCAGCGCAAAAGCAUCAUUUCUAACAACGCUGCUCCUUCUGCAUACAAAUUAUUAGGACUCACCGGCGAGAAUGCCUUCAGUUCAGACACAGACGAUCUCAGUGACAACGCAAUUAAUGACCCUAGCAGCGAUAUUAGUAGCUCAUCUCCAGAGCGCUCGUUCGGCAAUAAAUCUGCUGCUUUUAAGCGUUUUCAAGCUUCCCGCUCAAGGGGAAGAAGGGUAAGCAUCAUCAGUAUUGGAGAGGAAACGGAUGAAUCCUCGAAUGUGAUUACAAUAUCUACUAAAUCUAGCCCUCGUAAUCCAUUCACUUUCAAUAGCCGAGAAAUAAGUCCACUGCCACCUUCCGGAGAACGGAAGAACGGAGACCAGAAAAUUCAAGUGAGUAUCAAUGGUCCGUCAAAUGGUUUUCAUGACUCUGCCGAGAAGAACGGACAAGCUGCUACGAAACGCAAUGAUUCUGACUACUUAAACGCAACCAAACAACAGGCCUCAGAUAGAACUCACAACUUUGAUCCACAAGAAUCAGGUUCUAAUCCAAUUAUCACAAACGGGAUCGGAAGCACAGAGAAACGUCGCAUAGCUAGCGCACACCGUAAGCGAACUUUGACGAGGAACCCCUUGUUGGGAAAGGGAAAUUCCGUUAGAAUAUCAGGUCAGAAGUUAGUUCUCACAACAGGAGGGCCUCCUUCUGAUAAAUUUGUCGAGUCGUCUGAUGAGGAGGACGAUGAAUCAACUUUGCAAUUCAGAGACAAUUUGUCGAAGGCCCAAAUUGACCCGUCAAGUCAAAAAGAAAACGAUAGCCCUAUGUUUGGUAAUGAACCUGAACCUACCCUCAGCUCUCAAGACCCUGGCUACAAAGAUACCGACAGCGACAAGAUCGCCAAUGAAAACGAAAGUGAUGACAGUGAUGACAAUGACGAAAGUAAGCAAAAUUUGGCAAACUCCAAAGACUUUUUCGGUCGGGGGGUUUCAGUAUCUCUCGAAAACGAUGUUUCUCGGGAAGCUUUGUAUGUUCGGAGAAACGUUUUACUUACAACACCUGGCACCAUUUAUGAAGAAGAUGAGAACGGUAAUCACGAGACUUCAGAAUCAGAGAAACUUUUGAUCAAUCUUGAAUCUGAUGAGGAAGAAAAUGAAAAAGCGAUGAAAAAUUUUCCAGUCAUUACCAUUAAUGGCUGUGAAGAAAAUAACGCCUCGAAAUCCACUGACUUACAAUCUUCAUCACCAGAUGAAAAUGCUGGUUUCAUGCCUUCGUUGUCUGAAUUGCUUCAUGUUAAAUCCAUUCUGAAAAGGCCUAACUUACUUGACACGAGUUCUGAAACAGAUUCUGACUUGGGCGUUGUGAUGCAACCAGAAGUGAAGGUGCAAUAUGUACAGGGGGGUAAGAAAAAGUCUGUUCAGUUCAGCGGAUCGGACAACGUGACUUUAGUUGAAACUACAUCCCAAGGAAGAAGAAGAAAAAUAUCAUCUCCAAGGACUAAUAAGCGUAAUAAAAACAACGCUCGAGAGAGCAACUCUGAAGUUUCAACUUCUUUGUUCGAAGAACUUUCUGAUGUGUACUCGCGAGUUGCUGCGUCUGAGGAAGACAAGAAAUCUGAGAUCAGGUUACCAGAAACUUCCUUCGAUACAAAGUCAUGUAAUAUCGAGCUUGGUAAUACAAGUAGUAGUCCUAGUUCUCCGCGAGUUGUUCAUCAGCUAGAAACGAGUGGGAAAAAAGGCGAAGCCCAGCAGCAUGUGGAUAACUCAACUUUAAGGCUUGAUAACCAGAAAAAAAGUGAUAACAAGCCUCGUCUUUCACCCAGCGCCAUUCCAGUGGCCGAUAUGUCGGUUAGGAGCGGCUAUGGGUCAACCAAAGAUAUUUUCAGCUUAAGUUUAAACGCUGCAAGACUAUCAGCCUCAAGAUCCUCUGAGAAUUUGUUGAGUGGAGAAAGCGAUAUUUCUACCUCUUCUGUGUACGUUGGAGGCUAUAAACCCGUCAGUCUCAGCAACUCUCGUCGAGAUGAACCAAAAGUGGACUAUCUAUCGAAAUCUGGUCCGAAAUAUUCGGAAUCGCUUAAAAAGAAGCUUUCUCCUAGCCAAAACUAUCCUCCAAAUUCAAUGAACUCGCGCUAUGGAUCUAAUUGGCAGGCAAUGAUGGAAAACGUCAGUAAAGACAGCCAAGUUUUGUCACGUCAAUACAAAGACCGGAAGCUUGGAGGCAAGACGUCCAAACUUCCGUCGCCCAUCAGACUCGAUCACAACACUGUUCUGAAGUCGGCCUUGUGGCCCCCUGUCUCCACUAGCGGCGAUCCACCCCAUUCCGAACCUUCCCUCCCCAACGGCAUCUCCACAGAGAGAGCUGGAUCGAGUGAAGGUAGAUCCAAUUCAAAUAUUAAUGAUCAGCGAUCUACGGAAAGUAUGAUUACGAAAAAUUCCUUAAACUCCAAUGAGCGUAACAAGCGAAAAGGAGACAAAGCCUUCUCUCCCAGGGCGAAAAUGUUAAUUUCUCCAGUCAGCAGUCCUGCGUUACAUGCAGAAGUUAGAAAUGGAAAUUUGCUUUUUGAUGAUAGAUUAUCGGAAAAACUGAAUGACGCUCAAACAACAGAAAGUAAUGAACUAAAAAGUAGGAUCAACGGAAACAUUCCAGCCGCCCCUCCGCUCAAGUCUGAGUCGCCUAGAAAGGAGGGAAGUGCAAACGGUGAAAUCGCUUCUGCUCCACUACGCAAGCAUCAGAUAUCCGGCAGUACUCCAAAUUUAUCUAAAGCUGCGCAGAAUUUUUCACAUAAAAGAAGUACGGUAAAAAAUGAGGGAAACGUUUCAAAUAAGUUUUCAAAUGGCAACGAACAGAAUUCCUCCAGAAACUUACUGGAGAAUAAAAAGAAGAUUCUUGGGAAUCAGCAAGGGAGAAGUGGUUCGUCAGAGAACGAUUCCUCGAUUCCAUUACGACCCACUAGGAAAGCUCCUGCCGUUCCUGUUGGGAAACGGAGGAGUUACAGUCCACCGAGACCCACCGUUCCCCCUCCUCCUCCUCCUCCUCCUGGUCCACCUACGGAAUCUUCUAAAUCCUUUGAACCAACGCCUGCUCCACCGACGGAACCCCCUCCACCACCUCCUACUCAACCACCUCCAUCACCACCAACUCCUUCUCAAUCUCACUUUUCUAUCCCUAAUAAUAAAUUAACGCGCUCAGGACUUGACCAUCCUAUCCGAAUGCCUCCUAAUACUGAGCCUUUCCUGAACCAGCAGAAGGAAUACAGCGAUAACACUGAUUACAGAUCGUCGGUAGAAAAUAACCCAGAUUAUGGUUCAUCAGUUUCAUCUUACUCCCCGCCUACUACCCCACCUCCCCCACUACCAACUUCCCCACCUCCUCUACUUGGCAGUUCAUUAAACCUAAACAGUGCCAUUUCUUCUUCUCGCUGUCCUUACAAUAGAGAGACCAGCAGUUUUCCCAGUAAUGCUUUUAAGGGGGAAGUGUUAGCCAUUCCUACAGUUUCUUUAGUGCCGUCAAUAAUGAACAGGUCCUUUCAAUCUGCUCAUAGCAGCAGUAACUCUUCAAGUCAAGAAAGUAGCCCUAGAAGUAAUGUCAGUUCUUCAACAAACAGUAAGUCAUUGUUUCCGACUCCUGUUCCAAUUUUUGCUCCCCCUGACGAAGAAGCAAAAACUGCAACCAUUCGCGGCCGAGUCAAGCCUGCUAGGCCAGCUUUAACUUUAGAUUUGAAGCCAACAACGUUGGCUACUCCACUUUCAACGGGGACUAUGCCCAAUCGCCAACCAAAUCCUAGUCUAACUUCGUUUGACCCGUUGAAUAGACCUAGAUCUCUGAGUCCUGAUGAUCCUUAUGAACACAUCUACGAAGAGUUAGGAUCUAUCCCUUCUUCACCAACUCAAGCUUCUCAAAAGCACGGCAAACUGUUAAGGAUGUCCAAAUCUUCCUUACAUACUUCGUUUCCUAACCUUUCAGUAGCUACUACGCCUACUUCAUCAUCCACCAAAGACCUACCAAAUGGUUCCACGAACGUCUUGACGAGCUCACAGUCUGUGUUUCCAAAUGGACAGCCGAGACCACGGCCACUUCGCCAGGCCAUGACCUUACCACCAGGACUCGGCAAGUCUCUCUUUGAUGGAGCGACAAAACUGGAAAUUCUGGAGAUUCUUAAAGAUGCCAAAGGGAGGCUGUCUAGUACUGCUGACGAGGACGAUGAUGAGAGUCCUCAAGAAGACAUGGCUGACAACAUGGACGCAGAGAACGAAAGAGUUCCAGGAAGCCGCGGUGGGACGCGGGAACGGGACGGGGAAGAGGAAAGUGACGAAAUGUUCCAUGGCCAUCGCCAUCACUCCAUCAGGGCAUCGAACAUCAGCUCUAAUUCUGACUCGUCUGAAAGCAGCGGCCUCGUGCGCACAGAUAAGGAGCGCGUGUUAUCAGCUGAAGUUGAGCGGACGGACUCAGGAGUUGGAUCGGAGACCUCAAAGAGCAGCAAACUUCUCAACACACACCGACCUCUUACAAGAGUCACCACCCUUGCCAAGCACCCGCAAGUGGGUGGCAGCGCUGGACUGCUCAUUUCCACGUCGAGUGUUGGGGGCAUGAAAGACCCAGACGUGCCGCUCUGUGCCGACUGUGAAGACGCCGUUGAAGCAAGAGUCACUAACAGCGGCGUGGUGUACGCGCCUCUCGUGUGCCUGCGCUGCUCUCGCCGUCGGCAGGAACGCCGGGAAAUUUUGUCCGAGAUCAUCGAGACGGAGCUCAAGUAUGGCAGAGAUCUGAAGAUCAUCAUGGAUCAGUUCUACAGGCCCAUCCAAGUAGCGGGCCUCCUGUCGGACAACCAAUUGAACAACAUCUUCCUUAACGUCGGUCAGCUGUCGGCCGAGAGCCUGCGCUUCAGUGAUCAAUUACAAGACGCCUACGACAUCGCCAUAGAAAGCGGCGAUGAAGAUUUACUUACUGUCAAUAUUGCUAAAAUUUUCUUAGAAGCCAAUACCAUGAUGGACGCUUUUGAAUACUACUGCGUGCGACACGGUGAGGCGUCGGUGUUGCUUCAGACGCUGGAGAAAGAAAAAGAACUUCUACGCGUGUUCCUGCGAGUGUCGCAGAUAGAGAAUACCUUACUCAGGAGAAUGAAUCUCCACUCCUUCCUCAUGGUGCCGGUACAGCGCGUGACGAAGUACCCGCUGCUGCUGAGUCGCCUACACAAGAGCACGCCGCCCGGCCAGCCCAGCCGCCGCGACUGUCGCGCCGCUAAGGAAGAACUCGAGCGCCGCCUGCACCACAUGAACAACGAGACGAAGGAAGCUUCUUCGUACAAGCUGUGGCGAAGGAUAUCGAUGAGUGUGGGCAACAGCACGCCCCUGAGGGUGCCUCGCCUCCCCUCAGCCACCCCUCACUCUGACGACAUUGAUAAGCUGCAUAAGUUGGUGGUGGAGACGCUGGAGUGGGGGGCGGUGGGGGGCCAGGUGGUGAGAGGGGGGCGUCUGCUGCUGCUCACGCAGGAGACCAACAACUGGACGAGGCGAGGACGAGCUCCCAAGAUGGUGCCUGUGUACGUCGUCCUCGUCACCAGGGGCAAGGCGCAGAAGAGCGUGGAGGACAGCGCGUAUGAGGACCGCCUGCUGACGCCUCAGGACCUGGGCGUUGAGGAGACCGCGCUCGUGGCUCUCAAGUAUCCCGCCAAGCCCUCAAAACAGUCCUUCUACAAGGAGCCGUGGCUGUUGAGUCGCUGCGUCGUGUCCUGGGAGGCGGAGUCCGACACGGACUGUUUCGAAGUGACGGACCUCCUCACCAAAGAGUCCUUCUAUUUCAAGGAUCGAGACAGUUCUGGGACGGAAGACUGGUUCCGGUUAAUCCAGUUCCACGCUGUGUCUGUAGGGCCUUGGAAAAGAAGAAGGAACGCCCUUCACAACCUCAUGAUCAGCGGCAGCAAUUGAUUUGAAGUUCAUAUGAUAUCAUGGUGGAAACACUAAUGCUGCUGCGACUUUCUUUUUCAUUUAAUAGAAAAAUUGUAGCAACUCUUCGCGUGUAUUAAUUCUUGAAUCGUCGAAAUUCAAUCAUCGAAAUUCUGAUCAAAAUGAAAGUAAUUAUGGGGCAAUAAAGCCAUGUAUAAUUAAUUAUCCCUUUGUAUGAGGUUUGACCUAAUUCUUGUAGGGCUCCUACACUCAUUCGUUAAUGGGUAAUACGGUACGUUAAACAGAAAAAUCCACGCUUAUGAAAUCAGAAUUUUUAAGGCAUCUGGUAAUUCGAAUUGAAGUUGAUUAAUUUAUUAUUAUUUUUUUGUUGCUGUAGUGCACGUCACAUCUCGACCUACAAAAAUUUGUGUCCACGUUGCUGUUGAACUCAGACAUACAUUCGUUAAUGAAGCCUUGCGCCCAAGCAGAGUAUCAGUCAGAGCGCUUUAAACUCGGUAUAGCAGAAAAAAAACUAAAUGAUUUUAUUUAUUUAAAGGGAGUCGAACGUCUUGUAGUAUUCUGUAUGAGUAUUUUGGCAGUAGUCCUGCAACUCAUCUCAAGCUCGUGACUUUUACUCUCGUUUUCCCUCUGUAAUUUUAAAAAUGUAUUUCACGUUUCCAUCAUAAUUUAAUUUUGGUUCGAAAUUAGCUGGGUCUAUCAAGCAAAAUGGAAAUGCAGCAAUAGGAAACUAACUAGGGCGUAGGAAAUGCAUGCAGCAAUACAAACUGGAAGUAUAGGACUGCAUCACUAUGAUGAACAUCGCUGUCGCCAAGAUGGACGUCAGUUUUUAAUUUUCCUUGACUUGGGCCUGCAAUGUGGCUGCUAGGAGAUGCGAGCUCCCUCGAGUGCAUAUUACAAAUAGAACUAACCCCAUGAACACAUUAUAGGUUCCGUACGCAAAUUCUGCUACAGUCUACCUUCUUGAAUUUGAAAAUUCGUUAUCAAAACUGAUUGCUUCUUGUUACUCGUCUGUUUGCAAAUCUAUCAUUGUGGAAUGUCAAUUACGAACUUCCACAUUAUUCCAGUUGAUGUUGUAUGCAUUGUCGUUAUGUAUGUAUUUUUAUGUCUGCAAAUGGAUUUUGGUCAGAAAUCUGUUCGAAGGCGUGUUUUUGUAUUUAUGCAUCAUAAUUAGUCAUUUGGAAAUAGUUCUUUAUGCGUGCUUUUCUAACUAUUGAACACACUAAUGUAAUUAUAAGAAACUAGAUGAUGUGAUAUAGUCAUAUCAAGCGUAGUGCUUAGAUCAUCAUGUCAAUGAUUAUAAUAAAUAUUCCUACGAGCUGAA